AUGGUGUUGUUUAAUUGUAAAGCAUUAUUAACAAAGACACAAUGGUGGCGUCAGUUUAAAUCAAAAAGAGAAGAUUCCUCCCAACAGCCAAAUAUAUUUAAUUGGAGAUCACUUUCUCCUGAUCGACCCCCGCUUCCUAUCUUUAUACCUGAAUUUUCAUCACCAUCCAUUCAUGAUUCUUUAAGCUUAGACAACAACAAUAUUCAUAAAAAUGCAUUCAAUCAUUCAUCUUCACUCUUACUAAAUACAACAUUAGAUAUACCCUUAGACUCUUUAUCAUUUAAUAAGUCUAUCUCUCGGAAAAGUUCACAUAGAUUUAGAAAACAACCCCUUUACCCUAUUCCUGAAGAAAGCGAAAUAAUGACAAAAUCAUCCACUGUAACAAAUAAUAAUAAUAGUAGUAGGAGCAGUAGUAGUAGGAGCAGUAGUAGCAGCAGUAGCAGCAGUAGUAAUAAAAAUGAAAAUACUCAACAACCAAAAAAAAUACCUUUACUCGAUAGUCUUGUAGAAGAAGAAGAAAUGCUUUAUGAUUCUUCUACUCAAUCUUCUAUCAGCUUUCAUCCCGCUUCUGUCAUUAAUGAUCAUUCAAGAAAGAGAUCUCCAAGAUUAGAAACUAUUCCCGAACCAUCCAUGAGUUCUAUUGAAAAGAAAGGUAAUUCAACUGCCUCAACAUCGGCUGAUCCCUUUAGAAUUGAUAUUUCUUCUUGUCAACUUAAAACUAUAAAUAUUGAAGAUGCAUCCCGUAUCACUCACUAUCCUGAUAGUUUUAAAGGCAAUGAAAAUCUUUGUAAACAUGAACUUGCAACUAUGAUUUUGACAGCUCGAGAGUAUCGAAAGAGUAAUUUAAACAGAAAUGAGCCAGUAGAAAUGAAUUUAUUGUUUGAUAUUAAUGGCAAUGUUGAAUUUAUGCGCUUGCUUCGUCAAAAUGAUCGAACUGAGUAUCAUAAGUUUAUUGGUAACUGUCAAUUCCUUCCACCCGAGUUAUAUAAUGAUCCUACCUAUAAUGCAGAAAAAGCAGAUAUUUGGGUAAUGGGUAUUUGUUUGUACCUUAUGUAUUCGGGAGAUCUUCCAUUCAUGGCUCCAACACAUCAACACAUGUUUAAGAAAAUGCAAAACAGUAAUUAUCAAUUCAAACAUCGUGGUUUUUCUGAUGAUUUGCAACAACUUAUAAAGCUCAUGUUAAAUCCUAUACCAGAACAAAGAGCAUCCUUGGAUUUAAUUUCUCAUCAUUCUUGGCUUCAACCUUAUCGAUCUCAAUUAAUCCAAGAUAAUAAUAAUAAUAACAGAUUUUCUGGUGCAACAGUUGUAAAUAAAAGAAACAGCGAAGUGCUUUCAAUGACAUCAUCAUCUGCAUCUUCCAAGCAUCAUACCAACUUGAUGGAUUUUCCUGUCCAAAGAUACAGAAAAUCUAUGAAAAGAUUCGUAGCACCUAAUCAAAAGACUAAAACUACUCCACUUACCUUGAUUAACCCAAUUUCAGAGAAUCAAAGUCGUGCCCCUGAACAAGAUUUACCAAAAGAUAAAAUGCAUAAACUGAAAGGGAUUUGGAAAAAGACAAUUAAAUUUAUCGUUCAUGGUCCUUCUCCUCCUCCUCGAAGAUCUCGUGAAAAAUUAAAUAAUCUUGGUAUUUGCCAAACAACGUUUACUGAAUAUACCAAGUUUUAUAAUAUGCCAAACUGA